AUGGCGGACUCGGCCCCACCUCGCCUCGAUGCUGAUAUCAAAACUCUCGACGGCAUUACCCUGCGCGGAUGGCUGUUUCCUGCCGCCUCGCGUGGUCCGGCCAUGAUAAUGACGCCUGGGUUCAACUUUCCCAAGGAUGCCAACCUGCCCGACAUUGCAAGGUGGUUUCAAGAACACGGCAUCACCAUUCUUCUCUAUGAUCCGCGCGGUAUAGGCGCCAGCGAAGGAGAGCCCAGAAAUGAGGUCGACCCUCGUCAGCAGAUUGAGGACCUCCAUGACGCCGUGACCUGGAUCAAGCAACAUCCUCUGGUCGACGAGACCAAGAUCGCACUGUGGGGUUUAUGUUGGGGAGGGAACGUCACCCUUGCGGCGACCGCAUUUGACAAGCGUGUGGCGGCCACCAUAGCCAUGGCACCCAUGAUCAACACGGACGGUAGCCCCGAGAGGCGCAAGCCUCUGCUGGAGCUCGCCAUGCACGACCGGACGAGCCAGCUGCUGGAGGGCCAGAGCCCCAUGUACCUGCCCUACAUUGACGAGGAUGGCAACAUGCCCAACGGGCAGGAGAUGGCGCCCGAGAUCAUCCCCGCGCUCGACCGGCUUGGCAUCGCCCUCGAGAACCGCAUAUCGGUGCAGACGUACUACAAGUGCCUGGCGUGGAACCUGCUCCACGUCGUCAAGUACGUCGCCCCCACGCCCGCCAUGAUGGUCACGCCCGAGCUCGACGAGACGAGUCCCCUAGAUAGUCAGCUUCAUUGCUUCACCCAGAUGGGGUACCCCAAGGAGUUGGAUAUCUUGAAGGGAAGUGGUCAUUUGGACUGGAUGUUCAAGGAUUUAGAGCAGAUUUUGCGCAGGCAGUUUGAAUUUCUGAAGAAAUACAUGGAGUUCUGA